AUGAGAAUCACGCGCGCGACAAGAAAACCAAAAGCUUUUCUUCCGUUUCUCUCCUCUUCAAUUUUUUUUUCUUUUGCUCAUUCGCGUUUUGUUUUGGAAAAAGAAAAUUAAAAAAAAAAAAAAGAAUCCGCGAAAUAGCCGGGAGAGCUUUUCGCGGAUCGUAUUGUCUCACACAAACUAAGCGGAUGCGGGGGGAGUUGGUUAAGGUGAAAUUUGAUUUUGAUUAGAGAAAAUGGAUUCGGCGCGGAGUUGGCUUUCGAAGCUGCAAGCGAGGGAUAAGUUGAGGGCUUCGACGAGGAAGAAGGAGCCCAGCGGUGAAAGCGGUGGAGGAGAAGGGAAUGACGAAGCGAAUACGGACGAAGAAGCUCUCUCCAACAUCACCAAACAAAAGGUCGCCGCUGCCAAACAGUACAUUGAGAAUCAUUACAAGGAACAAAUGAAGAAUCUCCAAGAAAGAAAAGAACGACGAACGAUCCUGGAAAAGAAGCUGGCGGAUGCUGACGUCUCUGAGCAAGAUCAAAAUAACUUACUAAAGUUCUUGGAGAAAAAGGAAACUGAAUACAUGCGCCUUCAGAGGCAUAAAAUGGGUGCUGAUGACUUUGAAUUAUUAACGAUGAUUGGCAAGGGUGCGUUUGGAGAGGUUAGAGUUUGUAGGGAAAAGACAACAGGCCAAGUAUAUGCUAUGAAGAAACUUAAGAAAUCAGAAAUGCUUCGAAGAGGCCAGGUUGAGCAUGUGAAAGCCGAAAGGAACCUGCUCGCUGAAGUUGACAGCAAUUGUAUUGUCAAACUCUACUGUUCUUUCCAAGAUGAGGAGUUCCUUUAUCUUAUAAUGGAAUAUCUACCUGGUGGAGAUAUGAUGACAUUACUUAUGAGAAAGGAUACCUUAACUGAUGAUGAAGCUAGAUUUUAUGUUGCAGAGACAGUUUUGGCUAUUGAGUCUAUCCACAAGCACAAUUAUAUUCAUAGGGAUAUCAAACCUGACAACUUGCUACUGGAUAGAUAUGGACACUUGAGAUUGUCAGAUUUUGGACUAUGUAAACCCUUAGAUUGCAGUACUCUCCAAGAACAGGAUUUUUCUGUAGGAGGCAACAUUAAUGAGGUUACAGAAAAUGAUGAAUGCCCAGCAGCUUCAAAACGAACACAGCAAGAGCAACUACAGCAUUGGCAAAAGAACCGGAGAAUGCUUGCUUAUUCCACUGUUGGUACUCCCGACUAUAUUGCUCCAGAAGUCCUCUUGAAGAAAGGUUAUGGAAUGGAAUGUGACUGGUGGUCACUUGGUGCUAUUAUGUAUGAAAUGCUUGUGGGAUAUCCACCUUUUUAUUCAGAUGAUCCGAUGUCAACUUGUAGGAAGAUAAUAAACUGGAAAACUCAUUUGAAGUUUCCUGAAGAAGCAAAGUUAUCUGCAGAGGCAAAAGAUCUGAUUAGCAAACUCUUGUGUAAUGUCAAUCAAAGACUGGGAUCAAAAGGGGCAGGUGAAAUUAAGGAUCAUCCAUGGUUUCAAGGUGUGGACUGGGAUGGGAUAUAUCAAAUGGAUGCAGCAUUUAUUCCUGAGGUUAAUGGUGAGCUAGAUACUCAAAAUUUUGAAAAGUUUGACGAGUCUGAGAAUCAGAGUCAAACACCACCAAAAUCUGGUCCAUGGAGGAAAAUGCUGUCAUCAAAGGACAUUAACUUCGUGGGAUACACAUACAAAAAUUUUGAAAUUGUCAAUGAUUAUCAAUUGCCUGGGAUGGCUGAGUUGAAGAAGAAGAGCACCAAAUCAAUGAGGCCGUCAAUUAAGUUGCUAUUUGAGGGUGAGUCAGAAUCAUCAGAUACUUCCGACUCAACUACCAACGAUCAGCCUGUUCAAGGGAGCUUUUUGAAUCUCUUGCCUUCCCAAUUGGAAGCCACUUAAAAGCAGUGCGGAUCCCAGUAACUUGCCCCAUCUUUUAAACUCUUAGAAGACAAGUUGGUCUGUGUCACUAAUCAGUAACCAACCACAUUCUGGUACUCAAACGGCAUUUUUCCAUGGUGCCUUUUGCAGUUGGACACAUUGGUGGGUGGUUGCUAUGUCUGCAGGAACUUCAUGUUUGAUUCACAGCUUAAGGCCUAGAUACCGAGGAAAGCUACUGCUGAUCAUUUUUUUUUUCUUAGAAAUAAAGAUCAAAACAAACAGGAGAAGAGGAAAGGAAAAAGAAAAAGAAGAAAAUAAGGACUGCGGAGUAACUACUGAUUCAUCCCCUAACAAUAGGUGCAAAAUAUUUUCUUCUUUAUUAGUGUCAAAAGCAGCAAAAUAUUGUACAAAGUCUCAAGUCAUUCCAUAUCAUGUAUACAUGCUUUACUUGCGAUGUGUUAAAAAUCAGCAGAGUUAAAUACUUCUCUACUCGGUAUUACCCAAUUCAGAAUCUUGUGAGCAACCAAAUGAUGGGGAGUAUUAUUCCAAACAAUAUUAUCAUUAUGGGUCCAGAGUCAC